AUGGGCAGGACAGAAUGGGGAGGCGCGGAUGGGGACGACGACGUGGGCAGUCCGGGGAGGGCGGAGGGGCCGACAGCGGAGGAGGCGGGGAAGCGGAGGGAGCGCAUGGGGGCGGAGAUGCGCAAGGCGGUGGCGCAGCUGGACAAGGCGGAGCCCGCCGCCGUUAUCGACGGGUUGCAGCGCCUGCACGCGCGCAUCGUGAAGCACGGCGCGCGGGCCGUCGACGCGUACGUGCGCGUGUCGCCGCCGGACUGGCUGCAGCUGCUCCGCCUGUGGGACGCCUGCCACCGCCGCGGCGCCUCGCACCAGGUGGCUCUCCCCCUCAUGGCGGUGCUGGCGGACAUCCUCGCCCUCGCCGCGCACACGCCGCGCCCUCUCCCCCACACACCCGCGCGCGCCCCUCCCUCCGUCCCUCCACCUGUGCUGGGCGCGCCUCUGUCUCUCCCCCGCCGCAUAGAGGCGUUGGCGCGCGCCCUGCUGCCGCGGUGCUGCAGGAAGGGCGGCCUCUACGCGCAUCUCUCCUCCCCUUCCCACGCGCACGCCACCUCCGCCCUGCGCCUGCUGCUCGCGCUCUCCCUCAUCACCCCCGCCCUCACGCGCUACCUCCUCCUCUCCUUCGACUUCUCCCUCCCUGCCCUCCCCGCCCUCACCCAGCCCCCCGCGCCCUCCCAGGCGCCGGGCAGCGGGGGGAGAGGGAGAGGCGAGAGGGGGAAGCACGUGGGCGCACGAGGGGGGGCAGCAGGCGCCGUGUUCUGGUCUGGCACACCAGCGGUGGUCGUGGGCGGCGAGCAGGGGGAGCAGGCGGAGCAGGGGGAGCUGGGGGAGGAGGGGGAGGAGUUGGAAGAGGGGGAGGAGGGGGACGAGGGGGUCGAGGGGGCGCUAGGGGUGUUGCUGGGCAAGCAAGGGGAGGGGGCGUGCGCGGACGUUGGGGAGGUGCCAGCGCGCGUGCUGAUGGCGGAGUGGGUGGUGGCGUGCCUUGCUGUGGCGGACGCCGCCACUCUCACGCACGCCCUCGUGGCGCACAGGCACAACCUGGCCGGCAUUCUCUGGCGUCUAGUGGGCGACCACCCCGUGACAGCUGGCAAGGUGUUGUGGGUGCUGCAGGCGCGGGUCAUGGCUGCCAGUAGCAAUGUGCCACGUGGCCUGCAGGGAGCUCUGUUCGGGGAUAGUGCGCUUGAACAGAUGGCGCGUAUGGCGGGGAGGGAGGAGGGGGGGCGGCGGGGAGGGGGGUGCGGGGGCGGUGGCAGCAGGGAUGGCGCUGCAGGUGCUCCUGGCCGUGUGCACGCACGCCCGCCAUGGCGUGCUCGUGGGGGGAAGUGGGGGGGGCGCGCUUCAGGGGAGACCGCAGGAGGGGAUGGAAGAAGGGGGGGAGGGGGAGGAUAUGGCGGAGGAAGGGAUUGGAGCAGGGGGCAAGGAAGGGCAGGGGGGAGCGGCGGGCACGGAGGGUGCGGGAGGGGUGUGGGAGGGGGAGUCGGGCAAGGGCGGAUUGGCCUCCUCCGCUGCCGAUUCCCAAGCCUCCUCUCAUUGGUCGGCCGGCAUGGAUCGUCUCAUUCGCCUCGCGCGUGGACUGCAUGUGCUGCAGUGUGCGGCGCACCGCUCGCUGCUGCUGGCCAUGGCCCAGGCGUGCCCUCCCCUGGCUGCCGCCUACCUGCAGCGCCCUCCCUUCUCGCUGCACCCCACGCCGCAUGCCCACUGGUAUGA